AUGGGUUCUGUCAAGCAAAUGGCUGGAGUCACAGGACAUAUAAUGGAGGCUCAGUUGCAGGAUGAGAUAUCACCCAAUCCACGAGUUAGAGCGACACUGCACCUUGGAUCAGAAACUUAUUCUGUUCAUGUGAAGAAGGGAAUUCUUUCUGAACAAUUGGUUUCAAUGAAGGAGGAGAGCAUGAGCAUCCUGAAGGAGUUCAUCACUAAACACAACGAGGAGAGCAUGAGCAUCCUGAAGGAGUUCAUCACUAAACACAACGUUCCAAACAAUGACCCUGAUGAGCCAGAUGAAAUUUCCUCAGAAGAUGAUGCUGAAAUCCCUGAGAAGUCUCCUAGAAAUACUUCUGAGAAUGUGUUGGUGGUCAUUCUUGCUUCUGGAAUCGGAUACUCCACAGCCACUUCCCCGGGAGUGCUCUCUUCAGUGAUGGUGACUCCGAUGAAGAUCAUCAACAUUAUCGGCGCCAUCGUCCUUUCUUUGCUGGCAGUUGUUUCGGCUGACGUGUUCUUCGAAGAGCGCUUUGAAGGUAACACAGAUUUCCUGGACGAGGUUCUAUUUCUCUUAUCAGUGAAUUUUACUUAG